CUCUGGGUGAGCGAUCUCUGUUGUCACCACUUUAAAGAGGUGUACGGGGCUAGCAGCAUGGCAGAAGCGGAUCCUAAAAUGGUCACAGAACCUGCCGCCCAUGGGGUUGCUGAAGAGGCGAUGGCUAGCUCAGCUAGUGAUUCUGGGGAAGAAUCUGACAGCAAUAGCUCUAGCAGUACCUCUAGUUGCAGCAGCAGCAGCAGCAGCAGCGGCAGCAGCAGCAGCAGUAGCAGCAGCAGCAGCAGCAGUAGCAGCAGCGGCAGCAGUAGCAGUGGGAGCAGCAGCCGUGGCAGUCAAGUAUACCGAAAGAAGAGGGUACCUCAGCCUCCCAGAAGGGCCCAGCGGCCUCCCUCCGGGAAACAUUUCCUGGAUAACCUGCCUCAGGCAGUGAGAAAUCGGGUGCAGGCACUCCGAAAUAUUCAGGAUGAGUGUAACAAGGUAGACACCUUGUUCUUAAGGGCAAUUCAUGAUCUUGAAAGAAAAUAUGCUGAGCUCAAUAAGCCUCUAUAUGAUAAGCGUUUUCAGAUCAUAAAUGCAGAAUAUGAGCCUACAGAAGAAGAAUGUGAGUGGAAUUCAGAAGAAGAGUUCAGCGGUGAUGAGGAAAUGCAGGAUGACACACCUGAUGAAAUGCCUCCCUUAGAGGGUGAGGAAGAAGAAGAAAGCUGUAAAGAAGAAGCUGGAGUAAAGGAAGAAGAAAAGGAUGUUCCAAAAGAAGUACCUGAGGCAAAAGUUGAAGAAGACAAAGCUCCCAAAGAAAUUCCUGAGGUGAAAACUGAAGAAGAAGAAAUUCCAAAAGAAGUUCCUGAAGAAAAAGUUGAAGCAAAGGAGGCCUCUGAAGAAAUUCCUGAGGUAAAGAUGGAAGAAAAGGAAGCCUCUGAAGAAAUUCCUGAGGUAAAGAUGGAAGAAAAGGAAGCCUCUGAAGAAAUUCCUGAGGUGAAGAUGGAAGAAAAGGAAGCCUCUGAAGAAAUUCCUGAGGUGAAGAUGGAAGAAAAGGAAGCCUCUGAAGAAAUUCCUGAGGUAAAGGUUGACGAAAAGGCAGACUCUACAGAUUGUAUAGAGAUAACUCCUGCAGAAAAAGAAGACCCCAAAGACGUUCCCCAGGCAAAUGCAGAAAAUAAGGAUCAGCCCACAGAAGAAUCUAAAGCAAGGGCUCCAGUAAGAGAGGCUCAAAAAAGGGUUCCUGAGACAAGGCCUGAAGGAGGGAAAGUUAAAAGAGCUCGAAAGGGAAAACCUAAGAGAGAAGAUCCUAAAGGUAUUCCUGACUAUUGGCUGACUGUUUUAAAGAAUGUUGAUAAGCUUGGGCCUAUGAUUCAGAAGUGUGAUGAGCCCAUUUUGAAGUUCUUGUCAGAUGUUAGCCUGAAGUUCUCAAAUCCUGGCCAGCCUGUAAGUUACACUUUUGAAUUUCAUUUCCUGCCUAACCCAUACUUCAGAAAUGAGCUCCUGAUGAAGACAUACAUAAUAAGGUCAAAACCAGAUCACUAUGACCCUUUCUUUGCUUGGGGAUGGGAAAUUGAAGAGUGCAAAGGCUGCAAAAUAGACUGGAGACGAGGAAAAGAUGUUACAGUGACAACCACCCGGAGUCGCCCAGCUGCUACUGGAGAAAUUGAAGUCCAGCCAAGAGUGGUUCCUAAUGCAUCCUUCUUCAAUUUCUUUAGUCCUCCUGAGAUUCCUUUGAUUGGGAAGCUGGAACCAAAAGAAGAUGCUAUCCUUGAUGAGGACUUUGAAAUUGGUCAAAUCUUGCAUGAUAAUGUCGUCUUGAAAUCAAUCUAUUACUUCACAGGAGAAAUCAAUGAUCCCUACUACCAUGAUGUCAGGGAUUAUGGAAACAGGAAGUACUACAAGUGAAAAAGGCAAGCUAAAAGAUUUUUCAAGAAUGUUAAAAAGUCAAGCAAGCAGAAGUGAAACAGAUUCACCUAACCUUGUAAAAGAUAAAACUUGCCCUAUUACCUGAACACUAUUACUCCUUAUAGUCUGGUGUUUUCAUUUUUCCUGGUAAUGUCCUAAAAAGUGUCUUAAGCAUCUGUUUAUUCUACCUUGCCUGUUGUAUUGUAAUAUUCUUCAAAAUAUGUAAACUGCUGUUAAUUUUCCAAAGCAUGGGUUUUUUUUGGUGCUACAGUGUUGGUUUUGUGAAGUCCUUUUGUCAUGUUCCUAGUAGAUUGUACCUGUGCAAAUUGUCAGACUUGUUAGACAAAUCUUUGCCUGAAAAAGCAAAACUUUAAAUGCCAAUGUAUAAGUGUUUUCUCUUUCUUUUUUCAGCCCAGAAAUUUAAGGACUUAAAUCUGCUUGCACUAGUCGUGCCUUCAUUACUUUGCCAUAGAAAUGUAGUAAUAAUACUAACUAAAACAUUCUGUUGUGAAGUGUAGUUGCUCGAGAAAAAAAGAGAAUAUAUUUAAAAAUAUCUGUCAGUGCCACAUUAGAGUUUUGUGGGUUUGUUUGUGAUGUAUUGGUCUAUAAACAAAAGUAUUAUUUACCACUAAGGUGUUAAAUAUGGUAUAGUAUUUUAAGAAGUUGCAUCAUUGUAUAUUGUGUAAUUGAAAACUAAAGAAACUAUUUUAUUUGUAAUGUGUUCUGCUUUGCCUUUCGUUGAAAAUUAAUACAUUAUUUGAUACUUUUUCAUGUUCUUUUAUUGCACCCUAAAAUAAAUAAAUGUCAAAUAAAUUGCCAUGCUAUAAAAACGUGCCAUUUUCUCUUAAUUAUAAAAAUGUGUUUAUCAUAAAAAGAAUAGAUUAAUGAGUUUAUGACUGUUCAAUAAAUAUAUGACUAUUAACA